AGGAAGCUUUGACUUUGCAGGCAGUUGAGCCUGUUUCCUCUGGCAAAAGGUUUGAUCUGAGCUGCCAUGCUGAUCCCUGGAGAGCUACUAGCGGCUUUUUGCAGGGUCAGGGAGGAGGAAGCUUCUUGUUCUGUGCUUAUCUUGUGCCGUCUACAGUGCAACUCUGGGAAGGCUCAGGUCUUGCCUACAGCCAGUAUUGCUGGAUCUUUUUUUUAAAGGAUCUGACUACCCCUCAUUUCUCCCCUGCUAUCAGAACUUGUAUCUUCUCUGGAAGUACAAAGUGAUUCCUGUAUGAAUAAACGCUCUCCUGUAAUUCCGUAAUGCAUGUGAGUGAGCCAGCCAUUCUGGAAGAGGCAUUUAAGAGUUAAACCCAAGCAGCUGCUGCUUUAUUUGAAGUGGCUUGUAAUUUUCUUCCUUUGAUGCAAAGUGGGGAAUGUAAUCAAGAUGGCUGAAUAGAGAAUUUUAAGUAUAUUUUGGUGAGACAGCAGGGAAGGGAAAUAGAGGGCAGUUUCUUGCUGGGUGAGGAAAUUAAAUAUAAAAACCUAGAGCUGAACUGCCACUAAACUGGAAUCUUAUCAUAUUUGAGUGCUGUUUAAAAUAGUACUUAACGUGAUUCUCGGGAAAAAAUAGCAGCCACUUAUGCGAGGAAUUGUAGCAACUGUUUAGUGAUGUAAUGCAGCAGAACAGAACUUAGUUCUCCUAUGACAACGGUGUUACCGGUCCUUUCCUCAUUAGGUGUGUUCUCAGAUGCGCAGAAGUUGGUAAAGUAUCGGAUCCCUUUCCAUCCCACUUUCCCCCUGCUAACCCAGCUUUGAACGUCGUUUUCAGUAUGAGCAGCGUGCAAGGGCGAGAUCCUUUCUUGGAUGUUUUUAAGCUUCUAAGGAGGAAGAAGGCUUCCUUGUAUCUCGAGGAAUGAUUUCCUGGAAUGCCUUCUGGCUUAGCAUGUGUGACCCAAGUGUACGGUGAGCUCCCCCUCCGAGCCUCUGCCAUGAUUUAAUGCUGUUUGACAGGUCACCUGCCAUCGCUGCUCCCUUGAAGAGCAGUGAAAGCAUCCUGUGGCUUGUGUCUUGCAACGUAGAUCGCCAAAAUCUUUGUGCCCAGUAUAGGGAAUAUGAGGGAAAAUGCCUUUUGGGGCACAGAGGACAGUGCAUCUGCAUGCAUCCUUGCACGGGUUGGUGCACUGCUAGGGUCCUGUGGGGUCCGGGCAAUUAGAUGACCCUCUUUUUCUUCCUCUUGGUAAGGAGGAAUGGAGCUGGCCUGACGCAAAAGACCCAAGUGAAGGUGCUGGGCCAUGAGCCGGUGGUUGGUGCCAUCUAGCUGCUCUUCCUGGCAUAGGCACUUGGCAGGAGCAGGCUGCAGACGGUGGAACUAAUGAGGCUUAAUUAAACAAAGCCUUCAGAAGUAAAUGCUGUGACAUGCUGGCAACAAGUUUCUUGAACCUGUCACAAAGCAAGCGUGCUGUUUACUUUAGGAGUAGCUGCUUGGUGCUGUAUCUUCAAGAGAAUAAUUGCGCUCUUGUUUGAAAGUUGUUCCUGGGCAGUUCUUGCUCUUAUGCAAAGCCUGGGUCACGGGGUCAAGUUCAUUAAAUCUCACUGUAGCUGAGCUGACUCUAUAGCUUGGCUGCUGCUUUCUUCAGAAGUGGAGUAUGUGACAGGCAAAGGCAGAGGUCAUCAUGAUACGCUACAGCUACUAUCAAUGUAAUGAGUGAAUUGAUGCUGAACUGCCUGGUUGGUGUUUCAGUUUGAUGCAGAAAGCUUUUGCUGCUCUUUCCCACCUUGGCCAGUUUACCAGCAAGGCUCUUCUCAAAAGCAUGUCCUCAUUUUAGCAGUCGUUAGAGAGCUAGCUCUCAAGGAAACUUGCCUCCUGAAGGAUUUUUCUGACAUUUCUUGAGCAGAGAAGCUCUUUUGCUUACUGAGUAGCUUCAGUUACAAAGUGAUGGAUAGGAUCUUCCUGUUUCUAAGGCUAAGCUGUGCCUUAGUAGGCCAGACCUGGUUCCUAAUACCACGGUGUUCCUCCCCGCAAUGCAAUAGGGGAGAGUCUUGCAGAACCCUUUGCUUGUCAGUCUGGGGUGAGAGCUUUAUGGGGUAGGGAGAGGAGUGAUUCUAGGGGGGAUAUCCCUGCUCAUUUCUCCAGAGCUGCAGUACCACGACACUGGUGACUGCUGCCUGCCAGUCCCAGCAGCUUACGGGCUGUGCCUCUGCUUUUGGCACAACAGGCAAGGCAGCGGGCUGGGGCUGUUUGGCUCUGUUCAGUCCUCACGAGAGAGCACAGGAGCCAGGAGGAAGAGCUGUAAUUGUGCUUUUGGAGGAACGGGUGGUAGGGGUAGUGAGGAGAGCUCUUGGGGGUGACCACUGCUUGCUGACGGAGCUGGUACUGUGCUGGUUUUCUGGUUGAUGUUUUCAGCUAUCAGUUGAUCACUGAGGUGAUAGCUACUGUGGAACUACUUAGGAAGUAAAUUUAAAGAAAGAAUGAUGAACUUGAAAGAGAAGCUACCUUAUAUCACUUUAAUGAAAAUACCCACGUUUAUUCAGGAUAAAAAAUUUAUCGAAGUGAUGUUCAGCAUCCUCUUUAGUCCUACACGUAACCUCUACUGAAACAUACACUUAAACUGUGCUUUGUCUGAUGCUUUCAGAAAAAAAGAAAUAUUCACAUUUGUACAAUGGGGUUUUUUUGGGUUUGCUUUAUUUUCCCUGUGGACUUGAAGGAAUUUUGUAGUGGAAAGUAAAUGCCAGUUUUGUACCACUUGCAGGUGGGCAGUGCGGGACAGGGGAGUAACUGGUUAGGGUCAUAUAUCUGAGCUGUGACUCAGUGCCUGGGCAGUGAACUUAGGCAUCUUUUAUUCAGAGAUCAAGCACGCUAAAUUUCCAUCCUGAUUUGCAUUGAAGACCCUCAAAUCCCACUUGAAUGCUUGUUAUUUUACCCCUUCAGCCCUAUCACCUAAUUCCCAAGCAACUUACCCCAUCAGCUGCAGACUCCCAAUGUCAUAUUCUUAGCUCGCAGAGGACCGACCUGGUAAAUAGGGGACCCGGUGUGCGGGCAGAGACAGAUCUCACCUGAGUGAAAUCCAGAGGCAAUGAGCAACAGAGGGAAGAGCAGAGAGCAGAGCAGCCUGUUUUAUGAGCAGAGAAGGUCUGUCCGCAAGAGCAGAGAGAGCUCAGAUUCCCUCUUGCGUCUGGCAGCAAGUCCCAGCCUGGCCAGUGCAGAAGGGAUUGACUGGGAUUCUGUAGCAGGCAUCAGAUCAACAACGGAUGAAGAGCUUCUGAGAGAGGAGAGGGAGGAAGGCUUGCAGCAAAGCCCUCCCAGCUCGCUCAAGUGCCGGAGGUGAGUGUCGGCUUUUUGUCAGUGGCAGGCUGCAAAGAAAGAAAAGUAGGGUGGGAGGCAAGAGGGGAAAAAAAACAAACACCCCACUGUCAGCAGGAGAUUUGGAAAGGAGCGAGAGCUUCAAGCACUUUUCCUUGUGCCGGGUCGUCUGGCUGGGUGUGAGAGCUGGAAGGAUUGCAGUUGGUGCUUCCGAGAUGUCAGUGGAGCAGUAAAAAGGGGUUUUGGAAGCUGAUGGGGAUUUGAACAGCUGUGAAACCUCUCAAGGGACUGGAAGAAAGGGGAACCCAUGGAUGGUUUUUACUCCUCUGCAGAAGGAGCUGGGCAGGAUGUGAUCAACGACACCAGCAGUAGUAAAAGCUGGGCAGAGGAAGGCAACUCCGAGUUGUCCUUCCGCGUGGUGACAGCUGCCUUGCUCUUCCUUCUCAUCCUCUCCACGCUCCUGGGCAACACCCUGGUGUGUGUGGCUGUGGUCAAGUUCAGACACUUGCGCUCUAAGGUCACCAAUUUCUUCGUUAUCUCCUUGGCAGUCUCCGACCUCUUUGUGGCUGUACUGGUGAUGCCCUGGAAGGCCGCCACCGAGGUGGCGGGGUUCUGGCCCUUUGGGGCUUUCUGUGAUGUUUGGGUGGCUUUUGAUAUCAUGUGCUCCACAGCCUCUAUCCUCAAUUUGUGCAUCAUCAGCGUGGACCGUUACUGGGCCAUUUCCAACCCCUUCCGCUAUGAGAGGAAGAUGACGCAGCGCGUGGCUUUCACCAUGAUCGGAGUGGCUUGGCUACUGUCCCUCUUGAUUUCCUUCAUCCCUGUGCAGCUGAAGUGGCACAAGGAUCGUGAGCUCUUUAGCCAACAGGAGCCAGGUUUUAAUGUCACUGGCGAGGAGGAGAACUGUGAUUCCAGCCUCAACAGGGCUUACGCCAUCUCAUCUUCUCUCAUUAGCUUCUACAUCCCCGUUGCCAUCAUGAUCGUGACGUACACCCGCAUCUUCCGCAUUGCCCAGCGGCAGAUCCGCAGGAUCUCCUCCCUGGAGAGGGCAGUGGAACAUGCCCAAAACUGCCACAGCAGUGACUGCCCUCACGAGGCCUCCAUGAAGAACUCCUUCAAGAAGGAGACCAAAGUCCUCAAGACCCUCUCCAUCAUCAUGGGCGUCUUUGUCUUCUGCUGGCUGCCCUUCUUUGUGCUCAACUGCAUGGUGCCCUUUUGUGAUCUUGACAUACGGGAGCCAGAGGAGUUUCCUUGUGUCAGCAAGACUGUCUUCAACAUCUUUGUCUGGUUUGGGUGGGCCAACUCUUCGCUCAAUCCUAUCAUCUAUGCCUUCAAUGCAGACUUUCGGAGAGCUUUUGCAAGCAUCUUGGGCUGUGGCUGCCUUUGCCCCAGCAAUGCAGUGGAGACAGUGAACUUCAGCAAUGAGCUGGUCUCUUACCACCAUGACACCACGUAUCAGAAGGAAGUGGUGACCCUCAGCUACCCCCAGCUUCUCCCCCAUGCUGCUCUACAGACGGAAAACAAUGAGGUGUCCUUUGACAAGGUUUCUCAGGUCUCCGAGCCCUCUCCCAACACCUGCCCUGCGGAUGUCUUGCCUGCGGUGAUGCAAGUGGAGCGUGAAAUGGCUGUCUCUCUGGAGAAGAUUACACCUUUCACCACCAACGCAUUUGAUUGAGACAGGGUUGGGAACAGGGUGGUGGGAUGAUCUUGAGGAGGGACAGGAGUGAGGACACUACUGCAGUUGCCUAUUUUCUGAGGAGUUUGAGGAUAACAUGGAUAUUGUACUCUGGGCAGGAGUUUGCAUUACUAAGUGUGGAAUAGCCAGAGUAACUUUCCAGGUGGCUCAAGGGAUCCAGAUACACGUUUUUGUAACUCACCGUUCCAGAUCCAGCCUGGGUGGGCAGCAGAGAUCUGUGGUGCUGCUCUCUCUAGCUGACCCAUAGAAAAAUGCUUUCUGCAAAAGAUGAAAAUGCAAGGGCUCAAAUUUCUCUUUCCUUGUGACUUCAGCUGAGAAAGCAAAGACUUGUGUGGUCUGCUGAGCCUUCCCUCCGUAGUCCAUGAAGUAAAAAUGCAGCUGUGUUGUGGGGAGAGGGGCUGGUUUUGCGGCUGCCCAUGUCCAAAAGGCCAUCAGCCCGAGGCUGCUAAAUGGGCACAAGCCAAAUGCAACUGCUAACUUGGUGAUAACUGCCACAAAAUAAUGCUGCCCUGUGCUUGGUGGGAUGAUGCUGUGCUGCAAGCAGCCUUUAGCUGGGGAAACUCACAUUUCUGGUGGGCUCUGCAGGAGGGAGGAGAUGGCCUUGCCAGGAUAACUCUCUCAGGCUCACCUCUGACUGUGUCUCUCUUGCUCAGGCAAAUUAUCCUACAAGUCUGGACAAGUAUGCAGCCGCCUUUCCCAGAGCCCUGAGGCUGGGCUUGGUAGCAGCUUGUCUGGAGCGUGUUGCAGGGAAGGAUUUGGCAUGCUGAAGUCCCCUCUGGCCCCUGGAGCAAGAGCCAGCCUCUCUGAGCUGGGACGUGCACGGCUGAGAGCAGUCUAGGAUGAACAUAAGUUGUCUUUUAGCCCCAGGAUGCUGGACCGUUUGCUCGGACCCUUUGGCAAUGAGGGUGUCUGAGCCCUUCAGGCUCCGAGGGUAGAGGAGAAAAUCAGAUGUUAAAGCAAGAACAUUGCUGUUUUGGUUUCUGCGCCUCCGCCACAUCUUCCAUCAGUCAGGUCCCCCUCCUUUUCCUAGACUGUUUCUUCCCCCUUUUACUUUGUUCUCCCUCUAAUUUUCUUCCUCCCCCAUUUCAUUAAGGAUCCUUCCACAGCCUCCCUUGCUGUCUCAUUUCAAUAAUAAUGGCUUCUUGAGAAGCACUCCUUGCUCACCUGUACUCUUUAAUGAGCCUCUCCUGCGGGUAUGGGAGCUGGGGGUAGGAACAGCCCCCAGCAUUUCACUGCUGUGACACGAGUGACUUUAGAAACGUGUUUUGAUCGGCGCCUGGUUAAACACUGCCGCAGCGAGCGGCACAUCCAUGUCGUCUUGAAUCUGAGACAUCUUUAGCUCUCUGGCACAGAGAAAAAGCAGAAAAGUCUCUCCCUCUCCCCAGCAAAUGUUAACAAAGAGAAAAAUCAGAAAGUGAUAAUUACAGAGUAACGGUAAUUAUUAAAUAGAGCCCAAUUAUAGUCAAGUUACAGCAUAAUCAGCGUGGGAGGGGAGCAGAGCUCACCGUAUCUCCAAGGUCGACACUUGGAUUUUUCUGGGGAAGCACUGAUAAGACUUAACUUGGUUUAUAACCAUCUCCCUGCGUGGCAGCAGUGGCUAACUGUCAAAACGGAGACAGUCGUGAGGCUUUUCAGCUCUGGGAGGAUGGGAGAGCCUAACUUAGAGAAGGAGUAGCUGUUCUGAGGUGGGGACGAUCAUCUGGCAUGUUCCUAGGAGGCCCAGCGCGACUGGUUUCAUCUGAAUGUUGCUGCAAUAUAUAUAAUGAUUUCCCACACUAAAAGCAAGGUGUUGUAGCGCGUGUACUAUGGUCGUGCUUUACCUCGGGACUCCUGGCUUGGUGGCAAGAGGGAGUCAGAAUGCCCAGCUUUUUUCAAAGCAGUUCUGGCCUGGCCUCCCUGUUUUUGAAGAGUUUACUGAUACUCAUCUUGCGGCAAGGUUCCGGGGCUUAAUCCACGACUGUUUGUAAAGAGAUCGGAGGAAAGCAAGUAGCUCAAUGCGUUGCUGUUAUUGCUGAUGAGUUGCAGGGUGAAUCUGCAAAAGACAGACAAUGGAGAAGGGUGAUAUGGUCCUUUUUUUAAUCCAGUAUUUAACUUGUGUUGGGGAACACCGCAGAGUCCCCAGCUCCAAAGCGCUGGGGCUCUCCUCCACCAGCAGCACGGUGCACCAGCUCCCUCCGGCCGGACCUCCUACUGUGACUUGGGGCCCAGCCAGUCCCACGGAUGGCCCAUACCUUCCUGACAUCCGCGUCAGAAGAGACGAGGUGGUGACAAUGAGCUAAACCAAAAGCUUCCAGGUUAUGGAGCAGGCCUCUGCACAUCGCAGACAUUUCUGUGGUCAGUCUGGGAAGUGGACAACAGCUCCAAAACACUGUAACUCGGGCUUGCUUUGGCAAAAUUACACCUUGUUUACCUGGCUCCAGAAAGGGUUUCUUUUUUUUUCCUGCUAUGGGUUUCCUGCCCAGGUCUCCUCUGCAAUUCCACCGGGUAGCAUCCUCCUCUGACCAUCCUGAAGUCGUGCAGGAUUCUGCUGCAUCCCUGCCCGUAUUUCAGAGUUCCUGCUGCGAUGAUGAACAGCAAGCACCCUGGAGGCAUUUAGUGCUGUUACCACAAGACAGAGCAGAUUACCCAAAACUGCUGCUGGAGAGUCUGCCAGGGAGAGACAGGCCUGUGGUUCAUCUCUGCUCACAGAAAAAGCGUUCCAGGGAACUGGAGCUAAGGAAAACAAGCGAGUAGAUGAUGUCCUGGCUCUUG